AUGUCUGACGGGGAAUACGAGACUGCCGAUGCCGGAGCAUCUAAUGGUAUCCCAAUUUUGUGUGGAGCCCUUAGGAAAAACGGAUAUGUUAUUAUGAAGGGAAGGCCGUGCAAGAUCGUUGAGGCUUCUUCCUCUAAGACCGGAAAGCACGGAGCUGCAAAGAUCAACUUUGUCGGAAUUGACAUUUUUACCAACAAGAAGUACGAAGAGUGCAGGCCGUCCGGCCACACAGUUUACCAGCCUGUCAUCACAAGACAGGAAGCCCAAGUGCUGUCAGUCGAA